CCAGGGCUGAGGUUGCCGAGCUGGCUGGCCCGGCCCAGGCCCUCUCAGGGCUGGGAGGGAAUUUCCUCGGGCUCCCUCCCCCCGGGCUGGGCGAGCGGGAACCUGUGCGGAGGAUUUUAAUUCGAGGAGCGACCUCGGAGUGUGUGGCAGGGCGGGAACUCCAGGAUACCUGAGGCAGCCCCUUGGCCUGUCCUGCCUGGGACGCACCUUGGCCUCCCCCAGGUGAGACAGCUGCUGUCUACUCUGCUGAGGGGUUGUGAAGAUGAAUGGUGUUCAAGGGAAGGCAGAAUGGUGGAGGAGGACCCAGGACAAUGGCUGCUGCUCAUGAUUUGGAGAUAGAGGAGGAUGUGACUCUGAAUAUGGAUAGAGAGAUGAAAGAAGAGCUGGAAGAGGAGAAAAUGAGAGAGGGCAGGGCAGAUAAAGACCCCUUCAAGCCUAGAAAGGUCCACAGGAUUGUCUCAAAAUGGAUGCUUCCUGAACCGGUGCGAAGAACAUACCUGGAAAGAGCUAACUGCCUCCCGCCCCCCGUGUUCAUCAUCUGCGUCAGCAUCGCCGAGCUGGCGGUAUUUAUUUACUAUGCUGUAUGGAAGCCUCAGAAACAGUGGAUCACCUUGGACACAGGCAUCUUGAAGAGUCCCUUUAUCUACCGUCCUGAGAAGCGGGAGGAAGCCUGGAGAUUUAUCUCGUACAUGCUGGUUCAUGCUGGAGUUCAGCACAUCCUGGGGAAUCUUAUUAUGCAGCUCGGUCUGGGCAUCCCCUUGGAAAUGGUCCACAAAGGCCUCCGAGUGGGGCUGGUGUACCUGGCAGGAGUGAUAGCAGGAUCCCUUGCCAGCUCCAUUUUUGACCCACUCAAAUCUCUUGUGGGUGCUUCAGGAGGAGUCUAUGCUCUGAUGGGAGGCUAUUUUAUGAAUGUUCUAGUGAAUUUUCAAGAAAUGAUUCCUGCUUUUGGAGUUGUCAGACUACUCAUCAUUAUUGUUAUAAUUGUGUCGGACAUGGGAUUUGCUCUCUACAGACGGUUCUUUGUUCCUGCAAAUGGUUCUCCGGUGUCUUUUGCAGCUCACAUUGCGGGUGGAUUUGCUGGAAUGUCUAUUGGUUAUACCGUGUUCAGCUGCUUUGAUCAGGCACUGCUGAAAGAUCCAAGGUUUUGGACAGCGAUUGCAGCUUAUUUAGCUUUUAUUUUAUUUGCUGUGUUUUUCAACAUUUUCCUAUCCCCAGCGAACUGACUUGCCCCUAACACAAACCAAUGAAUAAAAAGGGCCAUAUGCGGGGAAAAAAAAUCAAAACUGGAGAACUCUCUAUGAAGAAACAGAGAAGUCCCAGGAAAUGCUAACAAUUUUAUAAAGAGAACAAACACCUCUGAAGUUGUCGGUUUCAAAGACUGCUUACAAAAGGGGUUAGGGUUUAAGGAAGGAGCUCUUCCGAGGGAAUGAGGGGGAAGAGGAAGAGAGAAAAGGGAAGGGAAGUGAGAACCAGAGACUGGCUCUUUUCUAGGCAUGCUGUGUCAAGGGUAUUCAUUCUCAAAAAGAACUUGCUCUUAGGAGGAUAUGGUAUAGAGAUUGCUUGAUAGAAUCCACAAAUAAUGUACUCUGCUGAUAAUAAAAACUUUUCAUAUCUGU